CCACAAUGCUGUUCGAUGAAAGAACAGAGACGAAGGGAGACAUCACAACAAGACAUGGCUAACAUCAUGAACAUAUUGCUACUCUUUACUGCCACUUAUUUAUGUUUUUACUGUCUUUCAACGGUCCAGGCUGCUAACAAAACCCUAUCUGCAGACGAAGAAUGUGCAAAGCACACCAAUGGUUCCUGUGGUGACUGUGUAGCAGUCAAAGGGUGUUAUUAUUGUGAACCAACAAAGAAAUGUUCUUAUGAUGUGGUCAAUGGAGCUUUUCAUGGUGCUUGUAAAGACUCACAGUGGAAAGUAGGACAAUGUGUUUUAAGUGGAAAGAUUUUGAUCAUUGUUUUACCAAGUAUAGCUGGUGCAAUUCUUAUUGCUCUUUGCUGUCUGAUUUAUUGCUGUUGCUGUCGUAAGAAGAAAGGGCAUUCAAAGAAGGAAAGCAAAGAGGAAGCUAGAUUUAGACGUCAACGGGAAGAAAUAGAUCUCAAACAUUCUCAAAGACGUGCUGAAAGACAAGUUAAAUAUGAUGAAAUUCGCAAGAAAUAUGGUCUCUAUAAAAAUACAGAUGAAGAGCCUGAAGACGGAAAAUACCACCAAUUCUCAAAUGAAGCCUAAAUAAUUUGCUUCCCCAUGACUUAAAACCUGUUUCUAGUAAAGCAUAAUCUAAAAAUCUUGAUAAUGUUUUUAUUUAUAGUUAUUUUGGUCUAUUUUUUUUUUCAAUUCAAUAUAAACAAAUCAAAUCCUUCAAUCACAUAUACAGUCUAAUGGCAGUUCCACAAUAUUCAGCAUAAAAUUAGCAAAUUAAAUUAGGUAAGUAUAGGGAACUGCAGUAUCUUGUUACACCAGCCUUCAUUGGUACGAUGAUGAAAGACUGAACAGCUAUGCAUGAUUCAAGCUUUAUUUAUAAGCAUAGCCUAGUGCUAUAUAAUUCAUGCUCUGAUUGGCUAGCUGUCUGUCUACUAUGAAAAUGAUGGAGCAUGCACCAACUGAGCAGCUUGAUAUAUACUUACAACUAGUAACAUUGUCUAGAAGCAAUGGUCGGUGCUUAGCUCUGUGCAUAUCCAUAUCUGCCAAGCAUGUCGGAGGUUGCCAUAGAAACACAAGUUCUUUUGUGCUUAGCGAUUCACUGUGUUCAUCCAGCCAGACCUCCAUAUAUGCUUGCUAACCAUUCCUGUAAUUUUAGUUUUUUCUGGAAGUGACUAAGUCUUAGUGAAAUGAUCAAGGACAUUCAGUCAUUGUGAAGUAGAUCCUAUCAAGCUGUCACAUGGGAAUGCAUUCAUGUAUAGUCAUGUAUUGUAAAUAAUGAUUUAUUUCAUGGUCAUCUGAUUGCUAAAACAUGCAUGCUUUUUAUAUCAAUAGGAAAUCAUAUUCGACAGGAAUCAAAAUCAAGUAAUAGAGCACAUGCAGUAAACCCAUGAAAUAAAACCAAAAUUGAUACUGAAAAAUAGGUAUUUAGCAACUAAUAGUUGCUAUCACUAACCAGAACUAUUAGCUACUGAAUAGCCACUAUUUGUCAGUAUUGACUUUGUUUUCAUUACAUGGUUUUACUGCAUGUGCUCUAAUAAAAAAUAAUAAUAAUUACAUCUUUUACCAGGGUAGACUCAUGAGCAUAAGCUAUCAUUAUCAUUACCUUAGUAGUUUUUAAUACUUGCUACUUGUGCAGAUAAAACAAAAGGAAUGUCUUGAUUUCUACCUUUUUGGCAAUUUUCCAAAAGCUGUGUUAUUAAUAAUUGCUACCUGUACUUAAUUAGAUUUAGUGACCUUGAAUAAUAGUUCCAAGCUGAGGUUGGAGUUGCUGAACACGAUAAAAAGCAUAGUUUUGCUAUGCGCUGAAACUCCAGCCUGGGCUAGGAACUAUUAUUCGUGGUCACUGAACGGAACUGUAAAAUGGAGUAUUAAAGUAUAUGGGCUCUUUUUACAAUCAUAGCUCUGAUUUAAAGUGUAAUUUACUACUUA